AGAACCACCAUCGAGAAAAUGGCGUCUUUACAGACGCUGCUGCCUGCUCCGACACAGUCUGUUUUCGAUCGAGGAGAUGAAGACCGUGCAAGGAAACUUGCCGCUCCGUCAACGCACGUUGCACUCACGACGCGGUCUGCACCACCGUAUGGUAUGCGAAAAGGCUGGGUUCCCAGAAGUCUUGAAGACUACGGGGAUGGCGGCGCCUUUCCCGAGAUACAUGUCGCGCAGUAUCCGAUGGAUAUGGGCAAAAAGAAGGAUAAGACCACUUCGAAUGCACUUCCAGUACAGAUCGAUGCCCAAGGAAAGAUCAAGUACGAUGUUAUUGUACGACAGGGCCAGUCGAAGGACAAGGUAAUUUACCACCGAUAUCAGGAUAUGCUGCCGUCGGAGAUCACUACCGAUGACGACCCGUCCCUUCAGAAACCAGAUGAAGAGGAAAUCGAGAAAACGACCGAGGAAACCCGACUGGCACUGGAAAAGCUAACUCAGUCAAAAAUUUCAGCAGCAAUGCCGGUUCGAGCAGCUGAAAAAACGGCGCCCGCUCAGUACAUUCGCUACACGCCGUCUCAGCAGGGUAUGUCGUUCAACUCGGGUGCGAAACAACGCAUUAUCCGGAUGGUUGAAGUGCAAAAGGAUCCUAUGGAGCCGCCGAGGUUCAAGAUCAACAAGAAGAUCCCGCGUGGACCCCCGUCACCACCGGCGCCCGUGAUGCACUCGCCGACACGUAAGGUGACGGUCAAGGAGCAGCAGGAGUGGCGCAUCCCGCCCUGCAUCUCCAACUGGAAAAACGCGAAGGGCUACACCGUGCCGCUUGACAAACGUCUGGCCGCCGACGGCCGUGGCCUGCAGCAGGUGCACAUCAACGAGAACUUCGCCAAGCUGGCCGAGGCACUGUACAUCGCCGACAGGAAAGCUCGGGAGGCCGUCGAGAUGCGGGCGCAACUCGAGAAGAAGCUGGCCCAGAAGGAGAAAGAGAAGAAGGAGGAGCAUCUGCGCCAGUUGGCUCAACGGGCCCGAGAAGAGCGCGCCGGCAUACGCACUCAGGCUGCCGUCGCUACAGUGGACGAGGACGUGCGCGAAAGGGACCAGCUGCGCUAUGAGCGACACAAGGACCGUCAGCGCGAGCGUAACAUCGCCCGUGCAGCGCCGGACAAGCGCUCGAAGCUUGAGAAGCAGCGCGAGCGCGACAUCAGCGAACAGAUUGCACUGGGCAUGCCUGGUGCACGCCCUGCCGAAGUCCAGUUCGACCAGCGACUCUUCAACCAGAGCAAAGGGCUGAGCAGCGGCUUUGGCCACGACGACGCCUACGAUGUGUAUGACAAGCCGUGGCGGAGUGCUCAGCCAGGCGUCUACCGACCGAAGAAUCAAGACAAAGAGGUGUAUGGAGAGGACCUUGAAAAGCUUAUGAAAACCUCACGAUUUGUGCCCGACAAAGAGUUCUCGGGAACAGACCGUUCAUCCCGGCGUGAUGGUCCUGUACAGUUUGAACGGCUAGAGGAGGAAGAUCCGUUCGGUUUGGAUAAGUUCUUGACAGAAGCUAAGAAAGCCAGCAAGAGGCCUACUGAGGAGCAGGACCACCACAGGGACAAAGGCAAACGGCGCAAAGAAUAAAAAAAAUGUGUUUGCUAUGCA